AGGCAGGAUUCCAGCGCUCCCAAGACAUGUGGAAGUUGAGCGAGGAGUCGCUGCCGGAGCCCGGCUGGCUGAGGAAAGCGGGAGGAAAUCAAAGCUGAAAGCUCCCAGCUCGUGCUGUCUAGCAUGGAUGGCACCCCCCUGAAGGAUGGCACCCCCCUGAAGGAUGGCACUCACAGCAAGAAACCCUCCAACUGCCUCGAUCACCUCAUGAGCAAAGAGACUCAGCCGAGAUGGAGAGCAACGCGUCCUCCGGGAACUGCACCCAUCCCCAGAUGUCCUUCCAGUCCACCCUCUACGCCACCACAUACACCCUCAUCUUCAUCCCCGGGCUCCUGGCCAACAGUGCCGCCCUCUGGGUCCUGUGCCGCUUCAUCAGCAAGAAGAGCAAAGCCGUCAUCUUCAUGAUCAACCUGGCCGUGGCCGACCUGGCCCACGUCCUCUCGCUGCCCUUACGGAUGUAUUACUACAUAAACCACACGUGGCCCUUCGGGAGUUUUCUUUGCCAGGUGUGCUUCUACCUGAAGUACCUCAACAUGUACGCCAGCAUCUGCUUCCUCACCUGCAUCAGCAUCCAGCGGUACCUCUUCCUCCUCCACCCCUUCAGAGCCAAGGGCUGGAAGCGGCGGUACGACGCGGCCAUCAGCGCCGCGGUCUGGCUCUUUGUCGGGGCGGCGUGUCUGCCCCUGCUCGUAGUCAGGAGCCCGGCCUUGUCCAACAGCACCAACACCUGCUUCUCAGACCUGGGGGUGAAGCAGCUGAGCCCGGGGGCCUCCAUCGCGCUGGUGACGGUGGCGGAGCUGUUCGGCUUCGUCAUCCCCUUCGGCAUCAUCGCGUGCUGCACGUGGAAGAUGCGGCAGUCGCUGCGGGACUGCCCCGAGCAGCUGCACAACGCCAGCGAGAAGCAGAGGGCUCUGCGCAUGGUCCUCAUGUGCGCCGCCGUCUUCUUCAUCUGCUUCACCCCCUACCACAUCAACUUCCCCUUCUUCAUGAUGGUGAUCGAGAACAUCAUCCGGGACUGCGCCGUUCACAGGAGCGCCCUGCGCUUCCACCCCAUCUCGCUGUGCCUGGCGAGCCUCAACUGCUGCCUGGAUCCCGUCCUCUACUACUUCAUGACGUCCGAGUUCCAGGAGCGGGUGCUGCGGCACAGCUGCGCGGCCCUGCGCUCCCGCUUCCUGCGCCACGGCAGCCGCCUCUCCGGCGCCGGCCGCCGCGUCCGCAUCAAGGGCAACCUGCCGCGCUUCCAGUUUUGGUCUCUUCCCAAGUUCUUUGGCCGAAUAAACAGCAUGGAAAUGCCCCCCAUGCCGCCCGACGAGCUGCUGCUGGAGUCCAUCUCUUGAGACACAGCUGGCCGUGCAGGUGCUGCUCGAGUGACGGCUGCGUCAGGUCCCCACGUAGGUGUUGAAUCCCCCCGGUGUGCAACACAUCCCAAGGUUGGACCUAGAAGGACGUUUUGAGGCAAAGGCUUGCUGGUUGCAUUGUUGCUGCUGGGGACUGUUUGCCUUACAGUGUUCUCCAUUGUGAUGUUAAAACACCCAAACUGUCUCCUCGCAGCACCCCCUCCCCUGCUGAAGUGCAGCCAGGCUCGAGUCCCUCUCCCUCGUGUUUCAAUGCUUCUACAUAUUUAUCCUUUUCCAAAGUCCUUCUGAAUCCUGAGGGGUCAGUGGGCAGCUCAGCCUCAGACAUUCCAACCCAGCUGGACAGCUCCUGUGUGCCCUACUCUAGGUGGUGCUGCUCUGGCAGGGGGGUUGCACUGGAUGAGCUUUCCAGGCCCCUUCCAACCCUUGAGAUUCUGUGAUCCUGUACGAGGCAGCACCAGGGGAGUUGCAGCCCCAGCUGCAGCCCAUGAGGACUUACAGCACCCACUGUGCUCACAGGAGGCUCCAGAUCAGGACAGUUAAUUAUCCCCACAUAAACUGAACCUCUUUGUGUUGCAAAACAAACCCCAAACCAAUAAUCUGGGCUGCAAGACUAUAAAUUUACCAACAUAUAUCAAGCAAAGAGUAUUAACCUACAUCCACAUCAGUGUUAAAGGCAGUUUUGAUACAAAUUGGGCUUGGCUUAUGCUACUGAAAGAGGCACCAAGGGCUGAGCCAAGUCCUCCUGGCCCCUGGGAGCUCCAGGAUGCUCAGCUGAUUACAGGGGGAUGAAGACUUGGAAGACAGACUGUGACUGGAUAUGCUACAAGCAAAGAGGAGGAUGAACAUCAUCUUCCAAGGCGUAUUUGCUCCCAGGAGCCACAGAAGGGAGGGAGGGCCAGCAGUUGGUGUCACUGUCUCUUGUGUCAUUAUUAGGAGUCUUGUGUUUGUUGGCAUUUUGCUAAAGCCUGUGGUUGCAGAUUAAGAUGUUAUCCAAGCCUCUCAGUUUUGCUUUAAAAGCCAGAAAAGGCCCCAGCCCCUGCUGGGUGCCCAGAGAAGUUUACAAAACCAACCCAAGUGCAUCCUUAAAGCUUCAAACUUGGGAGGAAAUAAAAUGAUCUCAACGUA